CUUCAGUUUUCGGUGCUCGAUCGUCCAGGAGUUAAACAGCGACAGGUGAAAUGGAAACCGAUCAGAAGAGUUGUGAUCACCUGGCAGAAAGUCAGAGUCAGACAUUCAACAGGCUUAACAAGCCAAUGAGAGAAGACCAAAACAUUUCGCCGGCAGUGGGAACAAAGGAGGCGGGAUCUGACAUGAUUUACACCAUCGAGGACGUUCCACCUUGGUACCUGUGUGUUUUACUGGGACUCCAGCAUUACCUGACAUGCUUCAGCGGCACAGUGGCAGUUCCGUUUCUCCUGGCAGAGGCCAUGUGUGUGGGUCGAGACCAGAACACCAUCAGUCAGCUGAUUGGAACCAUUUUCACCACGGUCGGAAUCACGACCCUGAUCCAGACCACAGUGGGAGUCAGACUUCCUCUGUUUCAGGCAAGUGCGUUUGCUUUCCUGAUUCCUGCUCAGGGGAUCCUCAGUCUGGAUCGCUGGAGGUGUCCCAGUGAGGAGGAGAUUUAUGGGAACUGGAGCCUUCCACUGAACACUGAACACAUUUGGCAGCCGCGCAUUAGAGAGAUCCAGGGGGCGAUCAUCGUGUCCAGUGUGCUGGAGCUCAUCAUCGGUCUGUGUGGGCUGCCGGGGUUACUGCUGGAGUUCAUUGGUCCUCUAACCAUCACACCAACUGUCUCACUGAUUGGCCUGUCUGUCUUUACCACUGCUGGAGACAGAGCUGGUUCUCACUGGGGCCUGUCAGCGCUGUGCAUCUUUCUCAUCGUGUUGUUUUCUCAGUACCUAAGAACGACAUCAUUUCCUGUUCCUGUUUACAGCCGUAAGAAAGGUCUGACGUCAACAAGAGUCCAGAUCUUCAAGAUGUUUCCUAUCAUUCUGGCCAUCAUGCUGGUUUGGCUCGUCUGUUACAUUCUCACUCUGACCGACCUGUUGCCUAGCGACCCCGAUCAGUACGGACACAAAGCUCGGACCGACGCCCGCGGUGACAUCAUGACCUCCGCCCCCUGGUUCAGGGUACCCUACCCCUGUCAAUGGGGGUUGCCAGUGGUCACGGUAGCUGGGGUGUUGGGGAUGCUAAGUGCGACGAUGGCAGGAAUCGUGGAGUCGAUUGGAGAUUAUUACGCCUGCGCCCGUCUCGCUGGAGCCACGCCUCCUCCGGUCCACGCCAUCAACAGGGGAAUCUUCAUUGAGGGACUUUCUUGUAUUAUUGCUGGUCUGUUGGGAACAGGAAAUGGCUCCACUUCCUCAAGUCCAAAUAUAGGCGUUCUAGGCAUCACCAAGGUGGGCAGCAGGCGGGUGGUGCAGUAUGGAGCAGGCAUCAUGCUCCUGUUGGGAUCAGUCGGGAAGUUCACAGCUCUGUUUGCGUCUCUGCCGGAUCCGAUUCUUGGAGGGAUGUUCUGCACACUGUUCGGUAUGAUCACAGCUAUCGGUCUGUCGAACCUGCAGCUGGUGGAUUUAAACUCGUCCAGAAAUCUGUUUGUUCUCGGAUUCUCAAUGUUCUUUGGCUUGAUGCUGCCGAAUUACCUGGACGCACACCCCAACGCCAUCCACACAGGUCUUGCGGAGCUGGAUCAGAUUUUGACGGUUCUUUUAUCCACUGAGAUGUUCGUUGGAGGUUUUUUGGCUUUUUGUCUUGACAACACAAUACCUGGUACCAGAGAGGAGCGAGGUUUAGUUGAGUGGAGAUCUUCCUGUUCCUCUUCCUGUUCUUCUUAUGAUCUUCCUCUGGGGAUGGGGGUCAUCAGGAAGAUCCACUGGCUCCAGCGAUUUCCCAUCAGCCCCUCCUUCACAGGCUUCAGGGCGUCUGAUGAUCCAUCGACAGCUGAGGAGGAGGAGGAGCAAACCACAACCAGAGAGAAGGCAGCUGACGUCCAGCUGUCCAGCACCAAGGUGUGACUGUGAUGUCAUCAAUCACACCUGCCAGAUGGACAGGAAGUACGAACCCUGUGUGAUGUCAGCGUGAUGUCACAUCUCGUUAAAUAGAUGAUUAUAACGUAUUUUAAAAAGUAUGAAGCAGUUACCAUGGAAACACCCCUUAACAUUGUUUCUGUUGUUUACUUUCACACAUCAAAUGAAACCUUGAUAAUAAAGGUUGUUUUACAUAAUAUUAAUAUUUGUACUAUUAUGAGUGCGUGAUGACACUAUAAAAAAAUCUAAAUUAAAACAUGAUAGGAUCAGAAAAAUUGCACAAAUCAUUUUUACCAUCACGUGUUUAAUGACGUGCAUUAAUAAUGUUAGUGAAUCUGAAAUUAUUGGGUUAGGUUAAAAUACAAAAAAAUUAAAAUAAACAAUGAUUCUGUAAUAAUGAUUACUCUGUUUUGUACAUUAUUCGUUUAUAUUUUAUGUUUUGUUUUCUAUCAAAUUCAAAUGUGAAGUACACUGUUUGAAUGUGUGAACAAAAUUCUAUUCAUGAAAUGUUUUAUAUAAAAAAGUUGUUUUGACUGAAAUAAAACUAAUUUAACUGUUAGAUUAACUGUAUAAUAUUGAUGUGAAUGUAUUUUACCUCAUGGGAAAACAUAUGAUUAAAUAUCCUAAUAAUUAUAACAACAACUACAAAAUUUCUUUGUCAGUGUUAGUUUAUCACAGGGUUAAUCCGGGUUUAACACUUGCCCUUAAACGAAUGUGUGUUUGGGUCAGUUGCUACUGAGUUAGGUUUAACCCGGGUUAACCUAAACUGUGAGUCUUCAGUUCAUCAACUGACUGUUGAUUAUGUGAUAUUUAACAUUGUGACAACGCGGUUUUGUCUGAGAAACAAAUGUGAAGCUGUUGAAUUUAUUCUUGUACAUUUUUUAUAAAAAUAUGUUGAAUAUUCACAAUAACAUGAGAGAAAAUCAAAUAAGGUUAUUUCACUUCAUCUGCUCGUCACUUCAGUACUGGUUGUAUCAUCGAUCAAUUAUCAAACAAACAAUCAAUCAUCAA